UCUCCCUCCUCUGCUUCUUUCUCUCUCCAGACGCGUAGAAGCAGGCAGGACGCGCGGAGAAGAAGAGACGACCCCCACCCAGGGAAAGAGAGGAAGAACCAGAGGAAGAGGAGGAGAGGAGGAGAAGAGGAGAAGAGCAGAAGAGGAGAAGAGGAGAGGAGGAGAGGAGGAGAGGAGGCGGAUGAAGCCGCGGUUCUGCGCGUGUUUUUCCUCCUGAGCGGCGCGCUCUCAUGGUGAGAGGAGGAGAGGAGGAUGGGAGACACCUGCUCCUCCAAAUGCCUCGCACUCUUCCUCGCGCUCCACAUCGUGUCGGUGCUGCAGACGGUGCUGGUCGGUGCUGCUCAGUGUGACUCGGUGUUCAGAGGCUUCUCCGACUGCCUCCUCCAGCUGGGGGAGAACAUGGCGAGUUACCCGCAGGACCUGGACGACAGGGAGAACCUGCACCAGAUCUGCAGCUACUGGGAUAACUUCCACUCCUGCGCCUCCACGGCGCUGGCCGACUGCCAGGAGGGGGCCACGGACCUCUGGGAGAAGCUGAAAAAGGAGUCACGCAACCUGGAUUUCCGCGGGAGUUUGUUUGAACUCUGUGGGGGGGGCAACGCGGCCCCCCGGUCGGCCGAGGCGGGGGCGAUGGCCUUGGUCCUCAGCGCGCUCCCUGCUGUACUGACUUGGUUGGCCUUUUAACGAAACAACAUAAAAACAACCACAAAGAGGAGGAGGAACGUGAAAAUACCAACAAUAAAACCACAGAAGAAGAAAAACACAUUUAAAGAAUACUGAGAAAAAAAGGUCAAUAAAAGCUCUCAUGCCUGAAAUUCACCAGAAAAAUACACCCCCGAAAUGGAUUUUUACUACAUGUUAUAAUCUACUGGGGGGCUCUCGUCCAAUCACACGCCGGCCCGACAUGAAUUAUUCAGCCCAAGCGAUGAAGGUUUGAUGGAUCUCCCUGUGCUCGCCAUGGUGUAGCUAUACAGUGCUGAAUCAUUGAUGUAGGGUGGGCGGGGCCCCGGGCGGCGCUACGCGGCCCCCGGCCCGUCGGGCUGUGCGUGGGGGGCACACGAGGAGUCAAAGUCAAUAAGCCGGGGCCCGGAAGCCCUUCCAGACCCGUCGCCUCAUUUCCAUCAAGGACAGUUGUUUUUGUUUCAUGAAUUGCAUCAAGUGGACUUCGACGGACUAAAUGCUUGAUAUUGAUGUAAUAUUUGUACUCUCAUUGGCUGUUGCCCCCCCCCCCACCCCCCUCAAGGCACAGGCCACGGUCACACCGGCUUACAUCGCGAUGACACUUUGAAGCGGUCCUCCUGACGCCGUUGACCCCGGCGGACCUUUAGAGGUCGAUCUGUGGUGUUGACAAGUCAUCUCAAUUGCAAAGACAGUGUUGACCUUUGACCCUGCGCUGCAUGGCUUCCAGUCCAUUGUGUGCCAGCUCUCAGCGUGUUCUUAAGUUUAGUUUAGAUUAGAUUCCACUUUUGGCCACUUCUAGACCCACAAGCCGUCUCUGAUGUGACCGUGUCCUGGUCUCUCCUCACCAGUUCAGAGCUUUUCUUCUAAGAGCAGAUGUCCUGAUGUUGAUUUGCAUGAAGUUGGUUCAGACGGUCUCAAGACAUUUCAGGAAAUAAGCAUGAAUUCCAAAAAAAGCUUUAAUCAACUCUUACUCCUUUAUGCUCCUAGCGAUGCAAAUUUGGAGUUAAAUGUACCCCCAAGAAUCUCCGCCCGAUAUUAUCAAGAUGUGGUUUGUUGUACCUCUUCAAGAAGAUUUGCUUAGAUUAGCCCGUAUUUAAUUUGAACAGUUAGUCAUUCAUUUAUUAGAGCUGUUUUCCUCCGUUUCAAUCGGGUGGAUGCUAGCUAGCUAGCAGGUCAGUUUAGCACUAAAACAGUUGAUCCAGCUUAACUUACUACAUUAGGUUAAAGGUUAAAUAAGAUAGCGUUAGCUUAGCUAACCUCUUGGUUUAGCACCUAAACAGAUUAGGUCCAGUUAGCCCACCCACGGGGUUAAAAACAGCAUUAGCGGAUCAUUAGGGUUGUGUCAUGCUAGCUAACCACCUUUUAUAGCAUCUGAAUCCAGGUUCAAUGUUAGCAAACCGGUUCAUUGCUAUUAACUGCUUGUGUUAACCGUUAAUAAGGUAGUGUCAUGUUAGCUAACUUUGCUCAUUAGCUAAACCAGGCUAAUAAAGUGAGCACUUUAGCAGGUAAGAGAUCGUAUUAGCUGGCUUAGAGCUACGGUUAGCAUUCUGCUAAAUUCACUGUUCCGCUCUGGAGUUUGGUAAAGCUUCAAUUUUUAGAUUUAAUCGAUUCGAAGUCGUCUUCAAGUAGCGGAUGUGUGGAUGAUUCAACUUGAGUCCGAGCUUUCUUAAGAAAGUGAAGCUGUUGCGUUUUUGUCGGACGUCAUGCUCGUUUCCUGAAAUGCGUCGCGUCUCGACCGAAGGAAACAUCGGCCGCACCGCGACUCCUCGGGAUCAUUUCGAAAAGUGGAUUUAACUUUAUGAAGAAAUGAGCCUGAGAGAGAGAGAAAAUAGUUUUAAUACAAGCCUCAGCAAUACAAAGAUGUGACUUUAGUAGCUAAAAAGGAAUAAAUAAACCGUGGCUGAAAGGUGAAAUGACUGUUGGCACUAGAUGAAAGAUCCAGUAGCACCAAGAAGGACACAGAACACCGUGAAUACUGGGCAGAGAUCGGAACUUUUGUUUGUUUGUCUCUUUGUUUGUUUGUUUGUCUCUUUGUUUGUUUGUUUAUGGGGAUGUUGCGUAACUAAAAGAGUUUAAAAAAAAGAAUCAUUCCAGAAAAAAUAUUAUCUAACAAGAUAAAUAUGUAUGUUAAAGGAUCUUGAGAAAAUAGAAAUUUAAAAAAGUACUAUUAUAGUCUAUCCCAGACAGUUUUAACAAGAGAUUGAUACGUUACAGAUUGUAGGCCUCCUGAGAUAUAAAAAGACUGCUAAAAAUGACAAAGAGUAAUAAAUAAAAUGACUAAUGUUUGAAAAUAA